GAGCCGCGCGCCCCGCCCAGCCCCCCGCCCCGCGCCCCGGGAUGACUUGUUAACCGGCGGACACACCGAGGGGACAGGAGUGGACUCCGAGUGGAAUUUGGAUUUGGAGAAGAGUUUCCUGGACAUUUACCCUCCUCCGUGUUGGUGUUUUUUCUUCCUUUUUUCUUUUCUUUUCUUUUUCUUUUUGGCUUCUUUUUGCGCCUUCUCCGUGUCAUUGGGAUGAACACAGCUCGCUUGCAUCUCAGAAAGUAGCCGCGGCUGUGGCCCCAAAGAGCACACAUGUAGGAAUGACAAAGGCUGGCAAAGCGGAGCGUGCAGCCCGAGGCCCGGAGCGAGCUCGAUAAUGGAUUACUAAAUGGGAUACACGCCGUGCCAGCCCGUCCCGAGCCGGCCGCCUGCACGUCGAUGCACCGAAAGGGUGAAGUAGAGAAAUAAAGUCUCGCCGCUGAACUACUAUGAGGUCAGAAGCCUUGCUGCUAUAUUUCACACUGCUACACUUUGCUGGGGCUGGUUUCCCAGAAGAUUCUGAGCCCAUCAGUAUUUCGCAUGGCAACUAUACAAAACAGUAUCCGGUGUUUGUGGGCCACAAACCAGGACGCAACGCCACACAGAGGCACAGGCUAGACAUCCAGAUGAUUAUGCUCAUGAACAGGACUCUCUACAUUGCUGCUAGGGAUCAUAUUUAUACUGUUGAUAUAGACACAUCCCACACGGAAGAAAUUUACUGUAGCAAAAAACUGACAUGGAAAUCUAGACAGGCUGAUGUAGACACGUGCAGAAUGAAGGGAAAACAUAAGGAUGAGUGUCACAACUUUAUUAAAGUUCUUCUAAAGAAAAAUGAUGAUACCUUGUUUGUGUGCGGGACCAACGCUUUCAACCCUUCCUGCAGGAACUAUAAGAUCGAUACUUUGGAACCUUUGGGGGAUGAGUUUAGUGGAAUGGCGAGAUGCCCUUAUGAUGCCAAGCAUGCCAACGUUGCACUGUUCGCAGAUGGAAAGCUGUACUCGGCCACAGUGACCGACUUCCUUGCCAUCGACGCUGUCAUUUACCGGAGUCUUGGAGACAGCCCUACCCUGAGGACCGUCAAGCAUGACUCAAAAUGGUUGAAAGAACCAUACUUUGUCCAAGCGGUGGAUUAUGGAGAUUAUAUCUACUUCUUCUUCCGGGAAAUCGCAGUGGAGUACAACACCAUGGGGAAGGUCGUUUUCCCUAGAGUGGCUCAGGUGUGUAAGAAUGACAUGGGAGGGUCUCAAAGAGUCCUGGAGAAGCAGUGGACAUCCUUCCUGAAGGCUCGCCUGAACUGUUCCGUUCCUGGCGACUCUCAUUUUUAUUUCAACAUACUCCAGGCGGUUACAGAUGUGAUCCGUAUUAACGGCCGCGAUGUUGUCCUGGCAACCUUUUCCACACCUUAUAACAGCAUCCCAGGGUCUGCAGUCUGUGCCUAUGACAUGCUGGACAUUGCCAAUGUUUUUACCGGGAGAUUCAAGGAACAGAAGUCUCCCGAUUCUACCUGGACACCAGUUCCGGAUGAACGAGUGCCUAAGCCCAGACCAGGCUGCUGUGCUGGCUCAUCCUCCUUAGAAAAAUAUGUGACCUCCAAUGAGUUUCCUGACGACACUCUGAACUUCAUUAAGACGCAUCCACUCAUGGAUGAGGCAGUGCCUGCCAUCAUCAACAGGCCGUGGUUCCUGAGAACAAUGGUCAGAUACCGCCUGACCAAAAUUGCAGUGGACACAGCUGCUGGACCAUAUCAGAAUCACACUGUGGUUUUCCUGGGAUCUGAAAAAGGAAUCAUCUUGAAGUUCUUGGCCAGGAUAGGAAACAGUGGCUUCCUAAAUGACAGCCUUUUCCUGGAGGAGAUGAGUGUUUACAACCCAGAAAAGUGCAGCUACGAUGGAGUAGAAGACAAGAGGAUUAUGGGCAUGCAGCUGGACAGAGCAAGCAGCUCUCUGUACGUGGCAUUCUCCACCUGUGUGAUAAAGGUUCCCCUUGGCCGGUGUGAAAGACAUGGGAAAUGUAAAAAAACCUGUAUCGCCUCCAGAGACCCAUACUGUGGGUGGGUAAAGGAAGGAGGCACCUGUGGCCAUCUGACAUCCAGCAGCAGACUGACUUUUGAGCAGGACAUAGAGCGUGGCAAUACAGAUGGCCUGGGAGACUGUCACAAUUCCUUCGUGGCACUGAAUGACAUUUCUACUCCACUACCAGAUCAUGAAAUGUCUUACAACACAGUGUAUGGGCACGCCAGUUCCCUCUUGCCCAGCACCACCACGUCAGAUUCGGCGGCUCAGGAGGGGUAUGAGUCUAGGGGAGAAUUGCUGGACUGGAAGGAUCUGCUCGAUUCACCCGGCAACACAGACCCUUUGGGGGCAGUGUCUUCCCAUAAUCACCAAGACAAGAAGGCUGCCGAGUUUUAUGAUUGGGGAGAGGAAGUUUGGUCAAGUAGGAAUUUGAAGUAAAAUGAAUUUAAACUAAAAAGAAAUUAGCCACUCUCGGCUUAUUAAGCAUCUGGUAUGUUUUCUAUGCACACCAACAGCAAGCACCCUAUGCUUGUAGCUAGUUAUCGCCCACACGCGGGCCAAGCGGAAGCUUACCUGAGGCACUUCUGUUUCUCAUCUGCCUUCCUGGUACCCACGAGAACUCCAGCGCUGCAGAGUUCCCCUGCCCUGACAGGACCCUGCACUUCCCCCUUCUCCCGUUCCCUCUUUGCCUGCUCUGAGUCCCACACCCAGGGAGCCAGGCUUGCUGUAAUAACAGAUGAGGAAAUCUGAGUAUAGUUGGUAACAGAGUCUAACUCUAACUACUCUUGCAUUUAGUGUUCUCCUAUGCUUAAAGUCUCCCAAGUUUGGCAUUUUCAAGCAUCCCAGUUCUCCAAUGAGGAAGGGUAUUUCCUAGCUCCUGUCAAGUCAUAUGUAAGCCACUUUAUGUACAGGGAAAAUUAUUCCUGAUGUCAUUAAUGCAGAAAGGAAAACAGAUUUCUUUUGUGGGCUCCUGAAGUUGGACUAAAUUCUCUGCCAUUUCUGCAGUAACAUUACUGUAAUGAAAUAUUUUCUGAGGCAUCUUAAGCAAAAUUUAUCACUGGUUCUGUAGUGUGAUUCAGAUGCCAGUGAGUUCAGGGCUACACUGGUGAUAGAUAUAGAUCCUAUAUCUACAGGAACUACCAAACCGCCAGACAGACAAAGUGCAAAGAGACAUGAAAGCAAAGCAGAUGCCUUAUGACCACCACCGUCUCUGUGAACAAGGCAGAAGAGUGCACAGCAGAUGUGAGGAAAACGUGCUGGACAGCAGAAGGCAGCUCAGCUGGACAUAGUGAGGAAAGAACACUCCGAGUCAGGGUCCUUAGUGUUCAGUACCAGCCAAUAGCAGUAAUACAGCACUAGAUAAGGAGGAUGAGGAAACAGGCUGUUGGGUAUCGGAUUCCUAUUUAAGUAUUCACCAAAAUGCUAGCAAAGUCUGCCUUUGUUCUUUUGAGUACCUCAAUCUUUAUUAAAAAUAGAAACACUUAAGUUCAUACAGGUUUUCCUAGUAAAACAAAUAGUAUAAUAACCAUUUUUAGGUGUGAUAGCAGAGCAAGACCAUACUGUGGAGAUUUCCCAGAGAGGGUUUCUGUCUUAUUGGGAGUCCUGUAGUGGGAAGAGGGGGCCCUUACUUGCACUUAUGAGAAGUUAACCAAACCACGUAGAAAAGAUGUCCAGUCAGAUGCAAAGGGCAUUAAGAGAGAAGGAACUGAAUACCGUUGUUUCAAGAACCCUUUUGAAUUAUGGUUCAUUUAUCUGUUUUGGAGUGUGAGAGAGGAAGUAUCCUGCAAAAUUCAUAAGGAAUUUAGUGUAUAAGCUGUUGACAAGGAUGGACAGUAAAAAAAGAAAAAAAAAACACAAAAUUUAGUCUGUUAUUCUUUUAUUUGUAAACUGUGCUUUACCUCCCCUAUGGAGAUUUAAUAUCAUUUUUGAAGCUCUCUCUUAAACUGUUUUCACCUCUAAAAGUUCUGAGAGCAUGUAAAGAGUGUUUGUGGGAGUCAUUAGAAAUACGUAGUUGGGAAAAAGAAGAGGAGCUUGCUGGGUAAAAUACAAUAUGUGAAGUUAAAUUUAAAUUUCAGAUACACCUAGAUACUUUCUUUAAAUAUUUAGGUGUAGCUGAAUAAUUCUUAGUGUAAGCAUAUUCCAAAGAUUGCAUGGGACAUGCAAUACUCUAAAACAUCACUGUUUAUGGGAAAUUUAGAUUUAAGGAAGUAUUCUGUAUGUUUUCUCUACCUGAAUCUCACUGAAGAGGUUGUUGAUAACUUACUCAGUGAGGAUAUGAUAUCUAGUCUCUACAUCAUACUUGCCCUUUAAACUCUUGGAAAUCUACAAUAAUGUUACCGUAUCAGAGGCAUUUAAGUAAAAAAAUUCAUUCCAUGAAAAACAUUCACAUCAUAUUUAAUUUCAGAAAAUAUGCACUUAGAGCUGUGCAUAUGUUUGAAAUGUGAUAAGGAGAUGAUCGCUGGGAGCACUCUUUCAGAAGCCACUUUUCUGCUCAGAAAUCAAAUUGUUACUGCACAGGAUGCUGUUAAAACUACUGCUUCUUUUUAAUUUUAUAUCAUUUCAGUUUUUGUCUACUCUCUGUUAACCACAUGUAUUUUUUGACCUCAUUUUCAUUGUUUUGGAAAAAAGAGCAAAAAUCCAAAAAGCGCUAGGAAAUAAUAGUUUAAUGAUGGUCAUGAUAACCCUACUCUGCAAAAGUGACCAAGCAUGACCUUUCCUUGCUUUGUUCGUGCAUUCAGCAGACACUCAGCCAACAUGCGCUGUCUGUAGACCUGACCUUGAGAGCCACGGAAGAUACAGGUUAGAACUCAAUUUAAACCUUCAGUCAAGUAGCUUACAGAACAGGUACGCAAGUGGCCCCUCUGCCUGUGCACCUGCUGGAGCAGAGGGAAGCCUGGCAGCAGAAGUCAGUGAUAAAGAGGUAGGCAGAGAGCUGAGGGAGCACAGGGAAGCAGGACUGGCCCAGGUAGGGGGCAGUGAAGGACAAGUUGGAUUUCUGUGGCAGAAGGAGUAAGAUUGGCAUUCCAACUGAAUUGCUGCAUGACCAGGACACACUCCUGGCAAAAGCGCAGCAUAUGAUGCUGAAGAGACAGGCAGUGCAAAGUGACCAAAGUGAUAAAGUAUCCGGAAGGCCAGGAUGGAGACUGAAAUGGAAUACUGUGUAGGUAAUAUAUUGCAAGCUGGUUAUUUAAUCAAAGGAGGUUGUUGGUUACAGACAUAUACACAAUAAAUUUGAGUAGUGGAAUUUUGUGUCAAUUCUUAAUCUAAAGUAUCGGCUACUACAGCUUACUGACCUUUUCCUGGUAAAUGCCCUUGCCAAACUAGACUUUAUCCCAAGUAAAGCCCCAAGCAAGCUAAACUCUAAACCAUAACUCCUGUCACUUUGGUUUGAACACUGCCAUUCACAGCUUAUGACAGGUGUUUCUCAGCUUCCUCCGAUUUUUCAAUCAGGGUGGUUGAAAAAGACAUGAUAAUAUAACCUAGGGUGCUAGCCUUUGUUUUUACUAUAUUAUUUCUUUGUCAUCUGCCAGAAAAAGUCUGUGUGUGGUCUCUGAUUUUUUCUUUGAAGGACUGGGAAAAAUGAUAGAGCAGGCAGGUCUGGUGCUGGCCCCUGAGCAGAUGCGCAGGAGUCUCCCCCUGCAAGCGUGUGGGGCAGAGGCUGCCUGGGUGGAAGCUGUAAUUGUUCCUUCAGGAGUGCAGGCAUGGGUGUAGAUUGGAUCUAGUUAAUUUUGUAUCCUCUUGACAACUUGCUGGAUUUAUCUAAGGUCUUGAUAAGAUUAUUGUGGAAAGGGUGGAAGAGAAAAAAAGUUAAAUGUCAGCCGCGUAAGAAAGCUGUUUCAUCUCCCUGUCUGCCUGAAGUGCACACUAAUAUUUAAAUUUUCCAGGGAUAUCCACUAAACCUCUUAUUCUUCAUCUAUGAUCUAUCCAUUUCCUCAAAAACUGGAGGACUUAAAUUAUGAUUGUGGAGAACUUUUGCUUUUAAAUCAGCAUCUUAAAUCUCAGGGUAUUAAAAAAUCACCCUCUAGAUAAUGCUUCGUACCUUUAAUCCACAGCUCCUUUUUCAUCCAUACCAUUCUUGACAUUUUGCCUCUACCCUUUUCCCCCAUUCUCUUUUAUUUUUUAUUCUCUUCCAUCUUUUGUACAAAAGCACACACAAUGACAAAGUUUUCUGACAGCCGAAUGGAACUUUCAAGGACUAAAGUGAUGAGAUUAGGCCUGAUCUUAUUAACUGAACAUCUGGAAUAGUUACAAACUGCACUUUAAUUGAUCCAAUUGCACUGUGUACAUCUAGAUUCUAUUUUCUCCUCAUUGUAAAAUUAUAAAGGUCAAUUUAUAGUGUGGAUGCUGUGCAAUAAUAGAAAAAUAAUAUUAAGUUUGUCUCAAAGUUUUUUCAUAGUGGAGUUUCAUGAAGUAUCAUUGAUUUUGGUUUUAAGGCUUAUUAGAUGUCUUACUUCAUAAACCUCAUUGUUUCUUUGACUAGUCUACAAGAAGGUAGCUUUCUGAAGAAAGCAUCUCUUUUCUUUAACAUUACUUAUGAGAAUGGUCUCCAACUCUGUAGGCCUUGCUCAGAAUAUAUAAUACAUGAACUGCCCUAAAGAGAAAUGGGGUGAAAUUUUUGUGUUCAUUUGCUGAUCCCAAGGAGAUGGAGGCUGUGAAGUAAAGGAUAAACCCUUGCAAAGUGGAUGGCUACUGGAGGAACUGAGAGAAAACACAUAAAUUUCACUGUUUUAAACCCCAGAAAGGCUGUGAAGUGAAUUGGUUAGAGUCAGGAAUAGUGGGAACACAGCAGGUGGAAUCUUAGUUGGUGUCAGAAAGCCAAUUACAGGCAAUAUGAAGGUUUGUCAUCCUCACUAUUUCUUAAGUUCUUCCAGGUUUUCCAUUUGGGAAUUAUCGUUGUAAAAUUAUUCAUUUUUGGUAGGGUAAUAGGAAUUCUCUGACUCCGAUUCUUUUUUUAAUUUCAUAUUUUUGAAAAGAUGCAUUCUUUUUAACACAUAUCUACAAUGUUCCUCACUGAAAGUGAAGUCCGAGACAGCCAUUAUAAAUUGUAUAGACAUAAUUGAAGUGCAGCGUAGACACCAACAAUACUUCAUUAGGAGGAAAAUGAUGUUGAGAAAUUUAUAGAGCUGCAGACUGCAUUAUGCCUAACCUUUUGGACAUAUUAAAGUAUGUCAUUUCCAGUCCUGUAGGCUCUCAUUAUUCAUAAAUAAUAGAUAACACUGGACACAAUCAUCUGACAUUUGUUAAGGUAAUAAAUACACCCUAAGUGCUGACGGGUCUUGCACUCCAGGAUUUAAAAGCACACAACCGAAACUUUAUGGAACUUAAAAAUCUCUUAUGUAAUCCUGUGGAUUUGCAGGUUCAGUUCAGCUCAGCAGAUUGGAAGUGCCAAGUUCUGUUGAGUGCACUCUGAUGCUAGGUACUUUUAUUAUUACUAAGCAGGGCUUGUGCAUGGAGAAGGAAACAUGGGUUCACAUUGCUCCUCUUAGUCUAGAAUAUGAAAAAGAAGAACUUUCCUGAGUUUCUGUUUCUCUUACCUGGUGAGACAAGGGGAAAAGAUUUUUGCAUUCCUUGACCCAUUCUUAGUAUUGCUUAAGGAGAUUCUGUUGAGGUGACAUCACACAUAAAGAUGGCUGCUGUACUGGUGAUGGCACAUGUAAAGAUGGCUGCUGUACUGGUGACGUCACACGUAAAGAUGGCUGCUGUACCCAGAGGUGGUGCCAUAGACAUACAACUUCUUCUGCUCCUGGGACCCACUCAUGACUGGGCCCAUCCACUUUAGGACAUAUCUGAAUUCUCCAAUUCCCACGAUUACCUAGUGGCCACUGCUAAAGAGAAGGGGAGCAUCAGAAUUCCCCUCAUCAUCCCAGGUUGAAUAACAUGACCCAGGCAUCUUUCUAGUACCUUUGGUGCUAGCAAAUUGGGUUAACUUUGGGUCAUAGGCCAUACUUUGGUCAGGUACCAAGAGAAAGUGUGAGAGAUUUGAUUGUUGAUUCCAAUUAAGAAGCAUCAGCUUUUUCUUCUUUGUGAGAGCCUGACACCAAGUGUGGAAAUUAUCCAUGUUACACAGUGAGGACUCAUGCUUUGGACACCCAGGAAGAUGUGGCACAUUAAUUUGUUAUAAAUUUCCCAAGUCAGUUUGGAAGUCGGGAUAGCCAUUGCCUCAGUGGUGUCUGAGGUUGGACAAUAGAGCCAAAAACCUGUGGGCAUUGUCUAGAAUAUUAUCAGUGUCAUUGAUGCAGUGCUUCUCAAGCUUUAGUGAAUGUAAGAAUCUCCUGAAGGCCUUCCAGGUUCUGGGUCCCACGCAAAGAUUCUGAUGCAGGUGUAGGUAAUACCUAAGGGUUUGUUGUUUCUAACAGGCUCCAGAUGAAACUAAUGGUGAGUGGCACUGACUAAAAACACUUCCCAUGUUGCUAACAGGUUCUUCUGAAUCUUACUAGUCAAGAUUUUGCUUUGAGUAUUUCUAUAUCCUCAGUUUUCUGUUCUUGACUAACACAAUGGAGCCCUACAAAGUGGGAUACUGCUCCAGGUAGGCAACUUAUCAGAAAUUCUAGAAGUACUGCCCUUUUGUUAUUAAGUGUCAACGUGUUUCCUGCAUAAUACCAACUGCUUUCCAUGCGCUCAUUUAUUUAGCCUGUAUUAUCCUUCCAUCAGCACUCAUGGCAUAGCCAGCUCUCCUGGGCUUUAGAGAUUGAGUGACAUGCCCAAGGUCCCACAGCCAUUUGUCUAUAGAGCAAAGAUUCAAAUCUAGGACUUUAGAAUCUCAAAAUUUGUGUUCUUAACCAGUAACACCUAGCCUCAUCUUUGACCUGAACCUCAUGAGUUAUAUUUCUGGCAAGUUUAAGUUGGUAAUUUUAAUUGUGUUAAUACGUGUUUCAUCAUAUUUGUUUUAUUUUUGCUUUGUACAGAAAAGGCACUGCAAAUAUCCAAACAAUUAUCUAAAUUUAACGAUUUUAUGAGGAGACUUCCUAUUUCAUUGUGUAGCUUUUUAAUGCUUUGUGAAAGAGUAAAGGAAGAAGAUAGGAUGGGGAAGUUGGAAAACAGAAACAUUUCAUCUGGUUUCAGAAAUCAUUCAGAUGCUGAGUUUCCCAUCUCAUUUAGGAAAGCAAAAAAAAAAAAAAAA